UAAUGCCAACGAUGAUAAUAUUAUAGAAGAUAAUGCUAUUUUUGAAGUAGAUAUAAGUGUUCUUUCUCAAAUCAUUGAUGAAAUUGCAAGAACAAAAAGUACAGAAAAAUUUGAAAUUGCUGUUCGAUUUGAAAUAUUGGAUCGAUCAAUAAAUGAAAUCACAAGAUUUAUUCGUGAACAAGUUGAAAAUAGAAAUAAAUACAAGUGGAAGUAA